CACAGCUGGUCUAUGAUCUCCGAAGGAAGCUGACGGUCGAACGCUAUCAAUGUGAUUUUCGUGAAAUUCUUACCGAUCUACCGGUCAGAUCGUGAGGUCAAGGCAAGCGUGCGUGUAAAAUUCGUUCAGUGCUCGGCUCGUAGUGUCAGUGAGUGUGUUUAGAUGUAUACAAAACUCGUUAAUCGCGGUGUCACCACGAGGAUUUUUCACUGCCCUGGAUACAAAGGAGUUUCGUGAGGUGCUUCGAGCGUCCUUUCGGCAACUCGUUCGAAAAUGUCGCCGGCUGAGCCGUAAUUCAACGAUCUUGGUAGAAAGGAAGCCGAGGGCCGCGAAGAAGUGGCGGACAAGGAAGAAAUGGCGUCCACCAGCGGGCACAAGAGGAACGGCUCGAGCUCGAGCAUGUUCACCCACAAACGCACCGAAUCCGGCGGCGGUUUUAUCGGCCACAAACGCUCGGAGAGCGGUCACAAACGCGCCGAGAGCAUAUCCAGUGCCUUUGGCUACAAACGAUCCGAGAGUGGCCACAAGAGGAACGAAAGCAGCGGAGGUGGUUUCGGCCACAAAAGGUCCGAGUCUGGCAGCAAUUACCAUGCCGGACAUCGAAGGAACGAAAGCAUGUACGCUAUGACUGGGCUGUACGCGGAGAGUGCGACCACGGGAACCGACGAAACCACAGAUCCACUGCAGGCAACCGGUAGCAGACUGACUCACGACACCGUCAUCAGGUGUCACAGUAGAAAUCCCAGUUCUGGCCUCGUGGACCAUAGAGAUUUUAUCAUCAAAUGUCACAGCAGGAAUCCCAGUGCUUCCAUGGUGGACAGGACGGAGAAGGAGAGAGCGCAAACUCCGCCGUUUAAUCCGGAUUCGAAGGACUGUGGAAUCCUGAGCUGCCGGCCGGCCUUUAUACAAAAAUUCGCUGGAAUAAAGGUGUUUGUGUUCCUUCUGUCGUUUCUCGUCACGCUGCAGCAAGCACUUAGUUCAGGUUACAUAAAUUCUGUGAUCACGACCAUAGAGAAAAGGUUCGAAAUCCCGUCCAGCCUUUCAGGCGUCAUUGCUAGCUCCUAUGAAAUUGGAAAUGUCAUCACCGUCAUCUUCGUCAGCUAUCUUGGUAGCCGAAGACAUAUACCUGUUUGGAUAGCUAUUGGCGCCGUCAUAAUGGGACUGGGAUCGAUGAUCUUUAUGGUACCACACUUCACAGCCGAACCCAAUUUAAUGACGGCUGCGAACAAUUCUAGCUCGGACAACAUUUGUCGCGGUGUUUCGUUACGCGAACAAGAUAUGGGAUUAGGUCGUUUAUCGUCUGGAUUAUCGUCUCCGCCUUUAGCACCACACAACAAUUUAAGAGGUGAUAAUUGCAUUCAGGGAUCUCCAUCUACCGCUGGUCCUGUUAUGUUAUUUGUACUUGCUCAGUUAUUAUUAGGCUGUGGUGGUUCCCCUUUAUUUACCCUCGGUACUACUUACAUAGAUGAUCACGUACGACCAGAAAGUGCUUCUUUGUAUAUCGGUUGUAUGUAUAGUAUGGCAGCUUUCGGGCCGGUUUUAGGUUUCCUUCUUGGAGCUUAUCUCUUAUCAUUUCAUAUGGAUUCAUUUUCUGGAACAAUCAUCAGUAUAGAUCCAGGUGAUCACAGAUGGGUAGGCAUGUGGUGGGGUGGUUUCCUACUCUGUGGUUUACUCCUGAUCCUAGUGGCAAUACCGUUCUUCAGUUUCCCGAAAACUCUGCAACGGGAGAAAGAAAAAAUACGAAUUAUCGAAAAAGCUAAAUCUUCGUCGCAGAAAGAGAAAGAGCAAUGCAAAGAACCGAAAAAGGAGAAACUAAAUGACAGUGGUUACGGCAAAGAUGUGAAGGAUAUCCCCAGGAGUAUGUGGAGGUUGGUGUGUAAUCCAGUGUACGUAGUAACGUGCCUAGGAGCUUGCAUGGAAUUAGUAAUCGUCUCCGGGUUUGUGGUUUUCCUGCCAAAGUAUCUGGAGACACAGUUCAGCUUAGGAAAGAGUCAAGCCAGUGUAUUCACCGGCUCUAUAGCGAUACCGGGUGCCUGCAUCGGAAUCUUUUUUGGCGGAUGUUUGCUCAAACGUUUAGAAUUAAGACCGAAAGGUGCAGUUCAAUUCGUUCUCGUCUCGAACAUGAUAUGCCUGGUGUGCUAUGGCCUCCUCUUCUUCCUCGGUUGCGACAACGUAAAAAUGGCUGGGACCACUAUACCGUACUUUAACAGCAGCACAAAGGGUCCGGAACCCUUUCAAGUAAAUCUCACUGCCGCGUGCAACUUUGGUUGCGAGUGCCGAAUGACAGACGUCGAGCCAGUCUGUGGAAACAACGGUCUCACGUAUUUUAGCCCUUGUCAUGCAGGCUGCACUGCCUUCAGUUCGAAAUCGAACUUUACUAAUUGUGCAUGUAUACACGGAAACUUAACAAUGUUGCCACCGGCAGCUCCAGAAUUUGCGGAAGUAACGGUAGUGCCAGUAGCUACUGCUGGCCCGUGCACUUCGCCCUGUAGAACUAUAUUUCCAUUUUUAAUUUUACUUUUUUUUAUGACGUUUAUUGUUGCCAUCACUCAGAUGCCUCUAUUAAUGAUAGUGUUACGAUCAGUCUCAGAGGAGGAAAGAUCGUUUGCUUUAGGCAUGCAAUUUGUAAUUUUUAGACUGUUCGGUUACAUACCUGCUCCUAUUUUAUUUGGUAAUCUAAUUGACUCUACAUGUUUACUUUGGAAAAGCACAUGUGGAGAAAAAGGUGGACGAUGUUUACUUUACGACAUUGAACAGUUCAGAUACAGAUAUGUAGGACUUUGCGCUGGCAUCAAGAUUUUAGCUUUGGCACUGUUCCUCGUUGAUUGGUGGUUAGUUAGAAGGAGAAGGCAAAUGGAAGACCAAGCACCGUCUUUUACUGUCAACGAAUUCGUAGGGUCAAUUAUCAGCCUUGACAAAUUAUUCGAAGAAAAACCGCAUCUUCACAGUGUCGGAGAUGGAGACGGCACAUCUCCAAAUUCUGAAUUGCCCACGCCGUCGUCAAUAUCGUCGCCUACGGAGCCUACAAAGUCGACGAACCUAGAAGACACCGGCUCAUCGAAUCAGACGCAAGAUUCGACGGAUAUAGGAAUUCGUUCGAAGAACGCAAUGGAUGUCGAUGAUAUCGAUGUUCCCGAUACAAGGCAAGCACCUCUUGCUUUAGAAGAACCGGACACAGAAGUCAAACCGUUGACCGGUAAACCCUCUGACAAGCUCGUGCGGAACGUUUAAUGUUUAACUCGUGUUAGAGGCUAUCCAAUUGAAUUAUAUCAAAAAGGUGAUAAUGUAAGUCUGUGGCAAAUUGUUUUGAGAUCGCAGGUAAACGAAUACAGUAUAUAUAGAGUGGAAUAAUACGUACAACGCCAUGUGCAUUAUUAAUUUGUGCAAUCCUAAAAAAGAAACGCUGUUAAUAAUGGUAGAAAGUGGUACGAAUGACUUUAAAUGAAAGAAAGAAAUGAUAAUCUCUGUAUACAUAUAUGGUGCUAAUAUACUUUUUUAAAGAGAUCGAAAGACAAAGAAUUACCUUAUAUCGUUCCGUGCAUCGUCAGAUACAAAUUUAAAUUGUGUUGAAGAUAUAAGUAAAUUUUACAUACACACACAUACAACACACGUUAUAUAUUCUUGAAUACAAGUGAAUCGAAAAUAUUUUUACAGUGGUUAUAUUUGCGUGAAGGAUAUUGUUUAUCGUGCGAAAUAAUUUGCCACAGGUUUGUCUCGAUGGUUUGGCUAUUUUUAGGAACUAAUAUCACUAGAAUGUACAUUUUUACGGUGAUGCGAUAUAUAUGUCAAUAAAUAGGAACGUAAUAGGUGAAAAAAUAUAAUCAGGCUCGUUUCAGACAGACGUAUUGUAUCUUGAUUGAAGAAAGAUUUUCUUUGUCUGAGACGAGUUUCCUUCGCCGUUGGAAAACGAGCCUUGCGCGAUUUAAGAGAGAAAAAAAAAGGAAAAAGAAAAAAAAAUAGGAAAAAAGGAAGAAAGGCCAACAAGGACAAAACUGUAAAUAUAAAAAUUCCUGCCUUAAGAAAUACAAGACUAGACAAACGUAUAUUUAAAGAUAAUUAAUUAAGUGAUAGAGUUAACGAUCUAUAAUAAAUAAUAUCAUUAUAAUUGCAGAUUGAGAGCUGCGAUUUAUUUUAUAACUAGAGAUUAGGCUUUCUCAGAAAUAAAAAAAAAAAGUAGUCAAUUUAACCUAGCAAUGUAAAGGAAAAAACACGCAAAAAACAAACUAAAUGAACUUAAUAGCGUUGAUCCUUUUAUGGAAUUAGUUUAACUUUGUAGUAGCGUACGUUUUAUUCCUUUUUGUUUCCUUUUGGUUUCUGAAAGAACACUUAUAUUAUCAAUGAAAGAAUCAUGCUUUUAACAAAGCGACACGUUGAUCUCUGAUAUGUUUUCUCCUAAGUGCUAUGGUAUCAGCGACACACUAUUUUAAGAGCUUUCAGAAAAAACGUUAGCAUUAAUUAAACGACAAAAAAGAAGAAAACAAAAUAAAAAAACGGAAGUGUUGAUGCGACUUUUUCGUCGUGACGCAUGCGUUACUUCUUGUGCUAUUCUACGGAAUGAAAUAUUUAAUGAAUUAUAAAAUGAAUUAUGCUUCCAAGCAAUGAAUGGAAAACAGGAAGCUAUAGAUUUUCGGUCAAAGAAUGCUGAUGUAACAAAAUCGCUGGUCAAUUGGAAUUAAUUGUACAACACGUUGAGAGACGUGUCUCGGACAAGUCCUGGCUUAUUACACACCAUUUAGCUCACUCGUUGUUAGAGAGAAGACUACUUGUUGUUUUGUACCUGAAAGCUUCUUGUAUCCAAUUUCGAUGUGACAAAAGAGUGAAAAAGAAGAAGAAGGAGAAACAAACGAAAGAAUACAAAAAAAGAAAAAAAUAUAUAAAAAAAAAACUCACUCAGGAAAAGAAAUUUUAUAGCGCGUUAAGAGCACGUUUAACCGAAUCGAAGGAAAGCUAUAAAUAAUAAUACAAAUAUGAAAUAUCUAUCAGUGCAAAAUGAACGAAAUCUUAGCCUAAGAAACGAACAAAAAGAGAAUGAUGUAAAGUAACUCGUUUCAGCUCAAUUUCUUUUAGAAGUGAUUAAGGCAAGAUGAAAGAAGAUAAUUAAAAAAAGAGAUUCUACGAAAGAAAAAUUUUAACAAAUAAUGAUGAUGUUAUAUAGGGACAACAAUGCCAUUUGCAUGAACUAUCAUUUGAAACUGUUCUUUUCUCCUAUCGCUUCGGGUACGAAACCGUUCUACUAAUGCUUCUAUCUAAUUCAAUUAAAAAAAUAUUGAAAUAAACGAACGAAGGGUAUAUAGCGUUAAUUUUACACUGUCUUGAAAAAAAAAAGAAAUAAUCUAUUAUGCUGACGUCGUCGUAGCAUUUACUUACGUUAAUGCAGACACACUUACCUAUGUACGAUAUUAUAUCUCGCACGCUGUUUGGCCCAUCACUGUCAAUUUUUCGAAGUGUAGUUACACACGCUACCUAUAUAUACAUACAUAUAUUAUAUUUUAGAGGCAAUUUUGAUGUUUGCAAAGUGGCGAAUCCGUACGACGAAGUUCAUCGUUCGAAACGUUCUCGAGGCCGUGAUGAUCUCUCUCCUAACUACAUUAAUUACUACAAAGCAACUUACGUAUUAAUACUAAUACUAUACCUACUUUGUGAUAUGAAUCUCUCUGUCGAACGAUUGAUUUUGUCGGACGGAUCUCUCGUAUACAUGUGGAUUAUAAACAAAAAGGGAAAAAAGUGCUGUGAAUAGAAAAACACAAAAGAAGACGGACAAGUAGAAGAAGAAAAAAGAAGAAGAAGCAGAGGAACAGGGAGGAGGAGAAGAAGAGAAAAACGGAAGAUGUGAGAAUAUGCAGAUUAAAAUGUUCAAAAAAAAAAAAAGAGAAGAGUUAAACAAGUCGAAUCAAAUUCAGUUCAAUUCACACGUUUCGUCGAGAAUGAAAGAUGCGAGAUUGUUAACAGGAGAAAUAUUAAUAAUAAUUGCAUCCACGGAGACGCUACAACUGUACAUAGGGAAUUAUAAUAGUUAGAGCGAUUUAUAACGAGCAAUCGAGAAAUAAAUGAACACGUGGUUACGUGCAUUAUAAUUAUAUAUAUAUAUACAUAAAUAUAAAUAUAUUAUACGAUUUAAUAGGAUUUUACGAUGGUCGCCAUUGACACGACGACGUUCUGUUUCUAAUAUAAAACGCAUCGUUUUGUACGAUUUAUGGCGAACGUUAUGGAAUGAACGAACGAUCUUGAUCGCGCGACUCGCACAAUUUUUCCAUCGUGUUACUUAAAUAUUUUUACGGAAAUCUUUCUCGUAUAUACCGUUUUAUGAUGAAUCGUAUCCUCAGAAUUUCUUUCCUUUCUUUUUCUAUUUUUUUCUUUCUUUUUUUUUUGUUUGAUAUAUUUAAAAUUCCGUUCCAAUAUAUUAGUCGUACAGCUAACUCGUUGUCAGAUUAAUUUUUGCAAUGUCAUAUCGUUAUUGUUAUUAUUAUUACUAAUAUUAUUAGUAUUAUCAUGAUUACUGUAAUUAUAUCGCUGGGCUUUUUACUGUCUACCGUUAGUAUACUCAUAGUUUAAUUUAGCGUUAAUGUUUAUUUCGUAGCGGAUGUUUUUUUUUUUUUUUUAAUCGAUUCGGUCGUACUAUAUAUUUGCUGUAUUUAACACAUUCCCACGAGCUAAUAUACAUUAUUAAUCGAAACUAAAAGGAAAGCGUUGAACGUAACAAAAUGUCAUAUGGAGGAAAGCGUUUUAAGUAUUAGGUAGAAAGUUCUAACAUAGCGACAAGAAUUAAUAAAUUAAAGAAGAGAUAUUGUGUACAUAGAUAUUGACUAUUACAAUGAUUAAUAUAAACUGCUUAUAGAUGUAAUGUAUUUUUUGUAGGGACCAUAAUGUAUAAGCAGAACGAUACGAGGACGUUUCUUUCGUUUCUUCCUUUCUUUUUUUUUUCUUUUUUUUUUUUAGUUCAUUUUCUUCUUUUCUUUGGUCGAACGGUUCUUGAAUGGUGAUACGUGACUGUGAGACGAAAGCUCUAGCUAAGGUUUGUGGAAAAGUAGAGGCAAAGAAAUAAAAAGCAAUACGUGUUUGCUUGCGAAUGCGGAGAUGAGAAUACGAAGGUAAAGCUUCGUAAAUUAUGAGAUUCAGAGAUUAGGUAUUAUAAUUAUAAAAGCUCAUAGAAAAUUGAAAUCUGAAAACGUAUACGUAGUUUUGAAUGUUUCGCAACAAUGAAAAGUUCUCGAAAUGCGUGCGAUGAAUGGAUGGAGUGUCAAUAAUUGAUGUUCGCAGAGCUCGCAGAACAGAUUUCGUUGAAUAUUAUAUGGUAUUUACAGUUAAUGAAAUCUUUUCUACGAGCAUAACAGCGAAUGGAAAAGCUAAGCAUCGCCGUGUGUUAUAGCACGUGUGAAGUUGAUCGGCUGUUGAAGGUCAUCGAGAAAAAUUAGAUCUAGUAGAUCGUUUAUUUUAUUACACUGUUCCAUGCCCGUACACUCUACACUUGUUCUUUUCAUCCCCUUGGCUUAUUCUUGUACUUCUUACAUCAUGAAACUCACGUUUCCCUUCUUAUUUAUCUACGAUGCUUUGUGCAAUUGUUGGCAUUAGGAAAAUCAUAUUUACAAAACGUACUAAUAAUGUUAUAUUACCUUGUAGAAAAAGUUAUAUUAUGUUUUUUUUAUUAUAUUCGAUUAUUUUUUCCUACUUGUUCAUAUUUUAUUUGAUUAUUAAAAAAUAAAAAUUCAAUAUUAAAACUAAAGUACACUUUAUUUACACAUACAAUCGUCACACAUAAUUAAUGCCAUAGAAUAAGUUAAUGAAGUCGUAAUAAGAAAAAUUGGCUGUAGGAUGGUAGGAGAAGUGACCUUGAGCAGCCAACUGAUAUCUCAAUGGAGCUGUAUUCCGAGACAAAGUAGGAAAAAUCGUAAAUGAAGAAGAUAAUCGAUAUUACAAUUGUGAGAGAGAAAUGGUUCAGAAAGAUGGGAAUAGAGAGUUUGUUCGAUAAAGCGUCAGUGACUUUCGAAAGCAUUUCAGUCGGAUUCCAACAGUUUGAUACGUGUUAAUGCCAUGCCAUUUCAUACACACACAUGCAUAGGUACAUAUCGCACACGAACACCCCUACACGCCUACCAUACGUUACUUUCUUACGAUUAUUGUAUAUUAUAGAAAUUCUUGUGUCACACAGCAAAGGUUGCUUAAAUUUAGUCGCGUAGCAAGCGAAUAAAAUUACAUAAAUGAAUGCAUUCGGCCACCCUAGAAAACAGAGGAAAAACGAAGCAACAGAAAGCAGUCAUUUUGAUAUACCGAUCAUAAUGCAGAGAAUGAUUUAGACGCGACCGAUUUCGUAAUUUGCGAAACGGUGUUAAAAAAGGAAAGAACACUUGAAAUAACAUUGCCUUAAAAAACGAAAGAUUAAAAAAAAAAAAAAACGUAAUUCAUAAGGAACGCUCUGACGAUGGUACAAGUGGCAAAAGGAAAUCAAUGGUGAUGAAGAAUGACCGUGAAUUUGCAGAGACAAAGAUAUAUUAUAUAUAUUAUAAAUAAAUAUAUGAAGAUAAUGUUAGACGUAAGAACAAAAUCUCGUAUUGUCAAAAAUGAUUUAUCGUUUCCUCGAGUAUUAUAUAUAAAUAUAUAUAAUUUUAAACCCCUUAUGAUAGAGAAUAUAUCGUGCGUGCGCGGUCGAAGGAAGCUGUUUUUUCUUGAGGUGAACAUUCUGUUUUCAUAUCGAACACCGAGUCUCUUCCUUACAUAUGGAACAAAUACAGAUUGUGAGUCGUACUAGGGUUCGUGUAAUUUUCGUUUUGCGUUUUAUCAGGAGGCGAAAAGAUGAUAAUGUAGAUAUUAUUAUCGGGACAUUGUCUUUUCCUCCGUUCGUCGAAACUUAACAGUUUUUUUUUCCUUCUUUCAGAAGUAAGGCACAAACAAUGUAUUUACAAUGAAUAAAUGUUUUGAAAACUGUUAAA